AUGGAUCCUGCAGAGGUCAAAACGAUUCCAGUGAAGGCGACCAAGACCUCGGUCAUGCCUAAGGAGGUGAUUGAGACCUCUAUUGGAGUGACUCUUUCUCAUCUUGAUCCCUAUACAGCAUUGAAUCUAAAGGAAACAUCCUCGAGAGUGCCUCAUGGCACAUCGGCAAGUCCCUCGGCUGGUGAGGCCAGAG